CAGACAUAUUUUCUCUCUCUCUCUCUAGGAAUGGCUUUAUUAACAGACGCAUUCCGCAGCUAAUGUUGCUUUCAUCCUACUCCAAACGGCUCUGAAGUAAUCUUUCGCUCAGGGAAGAGAGAAGAGACUCGAAACGGAGAAGAAGACCCUCUUCAGGAAAUUCUCUCUGAGAGAGAUUUUCCUGGUGCUUUGACCGCCAUUGAUGCCACUUCUUCGCUUAAACUUCUCGUCUUCUCCGUUAUAUGCUCGCUAACUGACAAAGUGAAAUUAACUUGGUCAAGCACCUCUUUCUUUCUCUGCCGCUGGAAGAGAGAUUCAAUUCGACCACUGAGGGCUGUAAUCUGCGUUACUCGAGCCACUUGAUCAAGCGGGUCGCUGCCGUUCUUCGUGAAUUGAAGUGGGUUUGCUUCUGUUUCGUGUAUUACGGCGUUGUUGUCGGAGAUUAUUGGUGAGCUUGCCGUUUAUGGAUCUGAACGGAGGACUUGGAGCUAGAUCCACCGUCAGUGGCCCGUGUCGGGAGGUAACCGGACUGGAAUCUCUUAAUUUCAGUGACGAAUUCCGGCAACUGGUGACGAUGCCUCACGAGAAUGGCGGCUCGUUCACUGCCUUGCUCGAGCUUCCGUCGACCCAAGCCAUGGAGCUCCUCCAUUUCUCCGAUUCCUCUUGUCCUCCGACGAACGUCGCCGGAGAAAUCGCUCCGCCGCUUCACCCUUUCGGGACGUUGACUUUUCCUUCUAACACUGUCCUCAUGGAGCGCGCGGCUCGCUUCUCGGUCGCCGCGACGGAGCAGAACGGCAAUGUCUCGGUGCCGUCGAAUUCAAGCGCGAAUCUGGACAGGGUCAAGGCCGAGCCUACGGAGACCGACUCAUCUCAGCGGUUGGUUUCUGAUCCAAUGGUGGAGAGCGAGAGCCCGAGCCAGAACCAGACCCAGAACCAGAACAAUCGGUCUGGGAAGAGGAAAGAACGCGAGAAGAAGGUCAAAAGCUCAACGAAGAAGACCAAGAGCUCAGAAGAGGCCGAUAAGCUUCCAUAUGUCCAUGUUAGGGCUCGUCGAGGUCAAGCCACUGACAGCCACAGCUUAGCAGAGCGAGCGAGAAGGGAGAAAAUAAACGCACGAAUGAAGCUGCUACAGGAGCUGGUCCCAGGAUGUGAUAAGAUUCAAGGAACUGCUCUGGUGCUGGAUGAAAUCAUUAACCAUGUACAGUCUCUACAACGCCAAGUGGAGCUGUUAUCGAUGAGGCUUGCGGCCGUAAACCCGAGGAUCGACUUCAAUCUGGACAGCAUAUUGGCAACAGAAAGCGGCUCUCUAAUGGAUGGGAGCUUCUCGGGAGGGACGACAAUGGUGAUGGCAUGGCCACAUGCAAUGGAAAAUGGACAAUCAUUCCAUCAGCAGCAGCAGCAGCAAUGGCCGUUCGACGCAUUCCAACAGCAGGUAUGGGGAAGAGAAGAGGACAACCAUGUCAAUGUCAAUGUCGAUGUCCAUGAACAUGAACAUGAACAUGAUGACUUCACGGUGUCUGAAAAUUUCAUGGUGGGUUCGUCGACGACUUUGUUCCAAAACCAGGUCAAAAUGGAGCUCUGAGUUCUACCCCAUUUAGACAUUACUCUGUAUAUAUAUAUAUAUAUAUAUAUAUAUAUAAGUCGUAUAAAUGCGUCUAUAUAUGAGCAAUCAUUUUAGAUGGACCAAUCGUUAAUGAUUGAUUAUCUUGUUGAGGUGUCCAUGACCAAUUUGUGUUUUUACCUGAAUCAUCAUCGUCCAUGUAGAAUCCGAACCUUAUCUCAUAUGAUAUUAAACUAUAUAUCCAUUAACUUCGCAUAUUUGUUUAA